AUGCCUUCUUCCCGGCACUUGCAGCGGACUGAAACCAGCUCCGAUGAGAUCAGCGACGAGAACGAACGAUUGAUCGGCCAGCUUCUCGGGCCGUCCGCGGGCGAGCGACUGGUGAAUUGGCAGCAGAACAAUCUUGCCAGAUGGACAGACCAGCACUUCCAGAACCAGGCUGCAAGAGAGGCCGAACAGCAAGCCCGACGACCUCAAGAGCAAGAGACGGCACCAAUCUACAACCUUGUCACAGUCUUGGCAGACGCAACUGCCGCCAACGGGCCGGAAGACGAGGACCAAGAGGUGACAGUGGUCUCACCCUCGCCGACAACGACAAGAACUGCGCACAACUACCAAGAGUAUAUGGCACAGAGGGAUGAUGACUGGCGAGCUCGUGCCGAGGCGAUGACCGGAGCCAGAUUCAGGGAGAUGGUGGCCGCGAACAGUGAAGAUAGGGCCCGAUGGGGGACGGACCUCUGGGGCACAACCGCCGAGGACUCCAAUGAUGACGCUGUCGAGGGCAGACAAGAAUUCGACGACUCGUCGAGCGAUGGCUCCCUGUUUGUCGAGGUGGUGAUAAGGCUCUUUGGAUUGUUGGUUGCGAGGUUUGUGUGGACGCAGAAUUGGGGAUAG